ACAAACUCUCCCAACGAAACUAUUUAAAAGCCUCAAGGGGAGGUGGAAAAUUAUUCGUUGCAUGCAAAAUAAGAACACCAAUCGCAGAUCGUGUUUCAGCAGUUGCACUCAGUAGUCCAGAUAGGAUUAAAGAUCAUACCUGACACCUGUCGUACCUGAAGGAACAGCCGAGAGACAAGCAGACAUGGCCCACGGGCUAGACAACCAACGCUUCAGUUGUUCCGUGUGUCUGGAGCUUUACACUGACCCAGUCUCGACUCCGUGUGGACACAACUUCUGCAAGCUCUGCAUUGAAAAGUGCUGGAACGGAUCUGAGACGUCUCUCUGUCCCGUGUGCAAGGAACCGUUUCACAAGAGACCUGAGCUGCAGGUCAACAACUCCUUCCAAGUGUUUGUCAAUCACCAUAAAAACACAAAUGCAGGCACAGUGAGGGGCGGUAAAGCCCACAAGGCCAAAGCCGGUGAAGUGGCCUGUGAUGUCUGCACGGGUGUGAAAGUAAAGGCCACAAAGUCCUGCCUGGUGUGUAUGGCGUCUUACUGUGAGAGUCACCUGGAGCCUCACAAGACCGCAGCAGCCCUGAGCAGACAUAAGCUGAUUCAACCAGUUAGGAACCUGGAAGACAGGAUAUGUACGAAUCAUGAGAAGAUCCUGGAGCUGUAUUGUAAGCAGGAGGAUAAGUUCAUAUGUCGGAUUUGUGCUCAGACCGACCACAGAGGGCACACAAUUGUGACGGCAGACGCUGCGUCGCAGCAAAAAAUGACUCAGAGCAAGAGGAAAGAGAGAGAAGUGGAGCUGAUGAUACAGGAUCGGAAAAAAAGGAUCGAAGAAAUCAAUUAUUCAAAGAAACAAACAGAGGAGAAUGCAAAGAAAGAAAUUGCGGCGAGUGUUCAGGUGUUCAUGUCUGUGAUUGAGUCAAUCCAGGACACCCACACAGAGCUCAUAGAAAAGAUGGAGGCGAGAAAUGAUGCCGAACAGAAGAGGUUUGAAGAGCUCGUCAAAGAGCUGAGGCGGGAAAUCGACGAACUGGAGAAGAAAGGUGUUGAGCUGCAGCAGCUCCCACACAUUGAAGACCAUAUCACGCUCCUGGAGGCAUUCAACAACGCCUACAAACUCCCAUCAACCAAGGACUGGACGAGCAUCCCCGUUCAUGAAGUGGAUUUCUUGGGCUACAUACAGACGUCUUUGAUCGAGGCAAGAGAGUUCAUCGACCUGGAAAUUAGAGAACAGUCAGCCAACGAGUUUAAGAAAGUGCAGAUAUUUGCAGAGGACAUCACCAUCGACCCCGACACCGCAGGGCCCUGGCUCACCGUCUCUGAAGACGGCAAAGAAGUCAGACAGUCUGCAAAGAAGCAGAAAGUUCCAACAAACCUGGCGAGGUUCACAGAAACCACAUUUGCUGUCGGGACACGUGGUCUGAGCACGGGCAGACACUACUGGGAGGUCGGGGUGAAGGAGAAAUCCAACUGGGUGCUGGGGGUCGCUUCGAACACAUUGAGGAGGAGCGGACACAUAACUCCCUCUCCGGAGAACGGCUUGUGGACUGUAGCUCACAGGGAUGGAAGGCAGUAUUUCGUGUGCAGGCAGAAUCCAUUCCCCUUGACGUUGUCUUCCCAUCCCCAGAGGGUGGGGGUGUUUGUGGAUUACGAGGAGAGCCGGGUGGCCUUCUUCGACGCGGAGGCUAAGACUCUCAUCUUCACCUUCACUAAGUGCAACUUUACGGGCAAAGUUUACCCCAUAUUUGAUCCGUGUUUGGCGAUAGCAAAGAAAGAGGCUGCUCCUCUGAAACUUAUGACGGUGUACUUUACAAGAUGAAAAAGUGAUCGUGCUGAGCAAAUCACAGGAAUCAAUAUGUAACCAGAAAUAGACAUACAGAGUUGAGUUAUUGCAUGUUUUAUCCAUGAGCAGCGGUGUCUGCUGGUGUUUAUGUUUUAUUUCCAUAGACCGGAUUUUGGUGACAUUGAUAUAUUUCCAGCUAUAAUGAGGUGUUAUAAUAGACCGUUUACUAAAGGCAUUAUGACAAAUGUACUGUAUACAUUUAGAUUUUAAGCCAAUGCAAUAAAAAUUGAAACACAAAUAUAACUGAAACAUAAAGGGAGUUUAGUUUUAGGUAUUGUUGGAUUUUUGUGUCAUAUUUUGUAACUAUUGUGUAUGUGGGGUUGCAUGUUUCCUGGUAGUUUUAACUGCCUUUUACAUGCAAAGUCAAUUCACAUGA